GCAUUCGGUGCAGUAAAAUUAUAUGAUAUUCAAAUAGCUCCUGUAAAAAAGUAUAUUUUGCAAAUAUAAAUACCUAAACCACCUUAAGUGUACAAUAAAGUAUUAAUUUUAUAAAUAAUUUUUGUACAGUCGAUACUGAUUUGACACAAGAUUUACCGACAGUAGGUUAUUAAAUAAAGAAGUUCUGUAGCGCCUGUAACGCCAAUGGUCGUUAGUAUCAUCUUGUCUCUGCAGGAAACCCUUCUAGAAAUUUGUUAUAUAAAGCCAACCUCUCUACUUCUAUCUCUAUCUAAACAACCGUCAUAAGAAAUAUAUCUUAUGAAUUAUACGUAGUAUAAAAGUGAGCGAAUUGGAUAAGUGUUCCAUCGAAAUUAUUGAGAGCAAGCAUUUUUAAGUUAUUUUCAGUUAUAAAUAAGAAUAACAUCGAUUCUCGAGAAGUUACUUUAUCAACUUACGUAUAAGUCAAAUUACAUUAAACAUGUCUGAGUUGAUACAAACAAAUAGUUCUAAAAGUUCUUUAUUUCCUACAUCUGCUAUUCUCGAUCAGGAUACGAGCAACUCGAGCAAUGUGAGCAAAGAAGAUGAAAACCAAAGUCCUUGGUGGGAAGUAUUUAACAAAUCGAAGAAUAAUAGCAAUAUUAAAUCAAGGAAUAUAGCUUUGAAUCUUUCUGACAUGACAAUUGCUGAUUCAACCAACAUAACAGGAAAUAUGAGUGCAAAUAUUGUGAAAACUAACAUUUUGGAGACAACAUCUGAGUCUGAGAAAACAGCUUAUAUAAAAAAGAGGAAAGCUCCUUUGAAAUUAGCAAAUAGAAAGAGCAGAAAUAACAAUUUCUUAAGUGCACUAAAUACUACAGAAGAAAAUACUUUAUUGCAAGGAUUAGAUAAAGAGACUCAUACAUCCGAUGGUUUGAACAAUCCUCACCGUAAAAAAAUCUCAUCAAAGAAGUUAGAAGAAGGAAAGGAAGAUGACGAAGAUUUAAGACUAGAUAAUAUUCCUUUGACACAAAGAAGUUUGGACAAUCUUGUCCAUAGAAAAAUUACAUCAAGGAAGUUACAAGAAGGAAAGAAAGAUAGCGAAGAUUCAAUAGAUGAUAUUCCUUUGAAACAAAGAGUAAAGAUUUCAAGAAGAAAAAUGUCUAGAGAGACAAGUAAUAUCUUUCAGAAUAAGUUAACAGAGGAAACACAUAUUUUCGACAAUAAUGAAUCAUUGCAUGAAUUUGUAAAACAUCCAACUGCAAAAAGUAAAAAUUCAAAUAAAAGCCAUACUGAUGAUUUACAUUCAUCAAUUUCUCGGAGAAGUUUAUCAAAAGCACAAUGUUCAAUGAUCAAGAGAUAUUCUGCAUCCAAUAUUAAUGAGGCAAUGCAAAAUAGUUAUGAGAACGAAGAUGUCGAUAAAGUUGUAAAAAAUAAAUCUAAAUUAUUAACACAGCUGCAAAAGAAUAAAGAAACGAAUGCUUUUGAAGAUGCUUUCGUUGAUAAUAGUGAUGUUAGUUUGCCAAAAAGUAGAGACCAGAAUAACCAGUCUCGAGUAAUCAAUACUCGUGAUGUAGAACCUCAGACGUCAAGAAUCUCGUUACGCAUUUCUCCGGAAAUAUCUGCUGAUAGUUUGAAGAAUAAUGUCGCGGAUAAGAAUUCAGUGGUGACAACAAGUCCUAGAUCAAAGUUCUUCAAAGCAUUUAAGAAAUUAAAUAAGGAAACGCAAGAUGAAAUGAAAGACCUCAUGUCAACCAGUUUACCAACGGAUGUUAACAACGUUCUCGACAAAAGACCAACUCUCAAGCCAAAAACAGCGAUUAUGAAACGUGUAUUCCAGAAAAACUCAGACUCGAGUCUAUUCAAGAAGAUAGUCGAAGAAGACAAAGACAAUGUGGAAGAUAAUAGCAGUAUGCUGAUUGGAAAUCGUACUUCUCCUUUGCCAAGUGUAGUCGCGCAGCGCGAUAAAGUUAAAUCUUUCAUGAUGUCGAAUUUAUCAGUUGUGAAUGAAAGAAUGGCGAACGAUUCGGGAUUCCUUUUUCACAGUCGUUCAUCCUCGAUCAUUAAUGACAAAGAAAAUUCUGACCACCUAUGCAUAGAUUUGGAACAACAUAAGCCCAUAAACGUCUCGAAUGACGCGGAUGCACAGAAAUCGGUCUCUCAAAAGAAUGUGACAGUUAUAUCAUCCGAUAAACAAUUAUCAAAGCACGGGUCUGUGGGAAAUGUACCAGAGAUUUCGAAAGACAGUGCAUCGGUAGGUAGGACGUCGCUCGUUGCCAGGUCGGACAUUGAUGAGGAGUUGGUUGGAGCUGCAACUAAUAGUUCACUUGACGAUGCGGCGAUAAGGAUCAAAAGUUUUGGCGGAGGUUCCCUUGCAUCAAAAUUACGCAGACGGUCGGCGCGUUCAAACAACAGUAGUGUACAUUCCGACAAUAUGACACCGCAUUCCAACAUAGAGACGCGUAGUGCUUCACGGACGGGAAACUCAACUAGGAAUUCGAAGAAUGUUUCUGUGGACAAACAUGCGAGUGUGACAGUUGGCAAAUCCACAGAAUUGGAAGAAGCAUUGAUGUCUGAUGACGAAGAAGCAACACCGACGAUGCGCACAAAUCCGCGAGAUUCGUCUCUCGCGACUUCGUCGAGAGAUCGAGCAAGCAAUAAAAUGGUAACUCGGCAAGAAUCCUUAACGAGUGGGUCGAUGCAGGCGCCAGACUCCAGUAAAACCUACGUUAAGGAGAAUAGGAAUACUUUGCCUACAAAAUCGAGCAGGCUUCAAAGUCAACGCAGCACACCCGUUAAAGCGACAAGCAAUGACAGUAUCAACAAGACAAAUGCAACCUCAUCCAACAAAACGAUAGACUUCUUCUUCAAGACGAAACGGCCUUCGACAGCUAAGAAGCAGGCCACGUCGAACGAGCAGCGCCUGGUACCAUCGAUCUUUAAUGCCGAGAAGAUGCGGGAGAUUAAAAAGCAGUUGGAGAUCAUGAAAAAUCGUGAAGCAACCACGAGUAAGACACACGGCAGGACCGAUAAAACCGAUAAGAGACGUUUGAACAUGAAGCCCGUUGGUGUUCCGGGUGGAGCUGCGAAGAAGAAAAAAUUGGCCACCGAUCUUGCGAAGAAAGUGAACGAGGCGUACCUGGUGAACGGAAAGGUAUACAAAGCACCGAAGCUUCCACGUCCAAAGCAAUGGGCCACGGAUCGCCUUUACAAGUUCCUGUGGAAACGCAUGGAACCGAAGUACAAGCUGUCGACGCGAGUACGGUCCGAGAAGUUCAUUAAGGAGUUCAACGAGGUUACCAGUCUGAUCUUACGGCGUAAAAAAUACGGCAGCUACAAAUCCGAGCUGGAUGCCCUGAUGAAGGAGAUGGCCCGUUUGCAGAUCAUCAACACUCGCAACGACUUCUACAACUUCUGUCGCGACUUCAUGCCGUACGAAUUUCGUGCUAAGGUCAUCCCUAUAUUGUUACCCGGUAACGAGCAGACGAUUCCCUACGAUCCGGCGGAGCUGCAUGUGCCUUUGCUCGAUGAAUAAGAUUCGCCGUUGCAGAAGACCAACAGAAGUCGAUCCACUGACUUAAUUGUUGUACUAGUCUCGUUGUAUACGUGCAGGUACACGUACUCUAUAUAAUAAUAUGUGAACGAAGGCGCGCGAUGUAUGGGUGCUAACAAGUCACGCCAAGAGCGCCAUUGUAUUUUUGACAAUUGCACGUGCGUUAGAACAGAGAUGAAAUAUUAUUUAACUAUGUAUUAUAUCGUAAGAGCGAGUUUCCUGCUGCAGAAAAGCCCAGGAGAUCGCUAUUUUUGUAUCUUCUAAUAAAGAAAUAUGUUCUAUGUA